CCGUCCUUGCGCCAAGCUUUGUCAGCAUGGGAGCCCUAUUUCCUCUGGGGCUAACACCUCUCUGAGGCACAAAAGUCUUCAAAACCGGGGGCAAUGAGAUUAGGGGAUACCCCCUUCAAAUUGUGGCUUUCCUCCAUUAAAACCUCCCCACCCGCCCAUAGGCUUCCCUGAGGGCGGAAGUUCCAGCCGAAAGUCCCGCCCAGCGGAAGUGAGCCUGGCCCCCUAGGCGGGAAGCCUCGUCAGGUAGUGAGGUGGGUGUGCAGCGAGGGCUAGAGGGCUGUCAGAGCGCUUCACCUUGAGCGUGAGGGCCAAGGCCUUCACUUCCGCGCCUUCCCGCGUUGCCUUAGCCGCGCGUGUUGUUCCUGUGGCAGGCAGGCUGCGCAGGCCGCCCAGGUCCCUUCACAGCAGCGCGGAUGCGGAACCGCCCCGCGGGUCCCACGGACCAGCCCUCUUGAGGGGAGGUGUUGGGCUGAGGAUACAGGGUCGCCCUGAGCAGGCCCCAGACUCGGCAGCCUCCACAGCCUGGAGAAGGCCGCUGCCAGCUACCGUUUAGCUUGGCGUCUGUGCGCCAGUGCGCCGUGUGGCCCAGACCCAGGGUUCCUCCCAGAUGAAUUAAAAAGAAAUACGAAUACAGUCAAGCAUGGACACUGAGGACACAAAGAAAAUACAAGAAAUGAAGACUGACCUGAAUUUAUUAUUGGAGUGUCUGAAGUACCAAAUGGACAACCCUUUAUCACAAAAAGAAGCUUUGGUCACUAUUUAUUCAAUUUGCCAACAAAACAGUGAUGCAAGUGUUUAUUUUCGGGAAAUUGGUGGUUUGAUGUUUGUAAAAAAUCUUGCAAAGUCAAGUGAACACAGCAUGUUAAAAGAAGCAGCCUUAUUUACUUUAGGAGCUGUUGCAGAAAAAAAUGUUUACUGUCAGCAAAGUUUGUGUACUUCAGAGUUAUUUGAAGAAUUAACUUUGUUCUUAUCUAAUGAUGAUUCCAACACAAAUUUGAAAAGAAUGUCUGUCUAUGUUAUUUUGGUUCUGGUUUCAAAUAAUCGAAGCGGACAAACACUUGUGAGAGAAACAGGUUGUAUUACAGUUUUGUCACGGUUGUUCAGGACAGUUUUUUCAAACUAUGAGUUCAAUUUGUCAGAUAAAAAUGUUUUCCAGAGGUACCAGUUGUGGUCUUCAGUAUGUAGUACUCUGUGUGUCUGUGUCAACAAUCCUCAAAAUGAUGAGAAUCAAAUGUUUUGCUGUUCACUUUUUCCACAUGCUAAUGAGUGGCUAAUAAAUUGCAAGAAACCUGAGAUAAUUCGCCCUAUUUGCUCACUUAUUGGACUUAGUCUUGCAAAUAACACAUAUGUUCAGAAAUACUUUAUAUCUGUGGGUGGACUGGAUAUAUUGUCUCAAGUUCUUGUACAAUUGGAAUCUGAUUCACACAAGACUCCUUCCAGUGCUAAGCUUGCAGUAGUGGUAACAAAGACAAUGGAUGCAUGUAUUGCUGAUAAUCCUACUUUUGGAGUGGUAUUGUCCAAGUACUGCAUUGUUUCAAAACUUCUGGCAUUACUGCCUCAUGAAAGUCUGGAUUCAGCAGAAAAAUUUAGCAUCAUUCUUGCUCUUGGUCAUUGCACAGAGGAUUGUGAGGAAAAUCAGUAUGACCUUUUUAAAAACAAUGGACUUCCACUCAUGAUACAAGCUUUAACUGAAUCUCAGAAUGAGGAACUAAACAAAGCUGCCACUUUUGUGCUUCACAACUGCAAAAAGAUUACUGAGAAAUUAUGUCUAAGUGUAGGAGACUAUUCUUUUGAUGAAAAUGAAGCAGACCAAUUAAAAGACGUAAAUGUAACGAAAAAGAAUCUUGAAGAGCACUGGAAGACAGCAAAAGAAAUCCUGCACAGGAUAGACCUGCUUGAAAGAGAAGAAAAUGAGGAAAAUAUACAAAGAGGAAAAUAUAAGAAUAUUUCAUCUAUGAAAAUAAACAUUCCAGAUACACUGAAACAUCUCCAUGCAGAUAAUGUUGGAGGUACCACAGAAGAAGAUAAGGUUAAAAGCCAGCCUAAACAACUCCAGCCCUAUAAGUCCUAUGGAGUCAUUUCUACAGCUUGUGCAAGUGAUGACCAAGCAAAGACACUGUUAAAUAAUGCAAAUCCAGUUAAUGCAUGCUGUACAGACAGUGGACAAAAUGAAACUGUGCAUAAAGCCACUUCAAGCUGUAAUCAAAACCUACAUGAAGAAACGACUUUUAACAAAAAGGAUUUUGUUUCUCAGUCAAGUGACCAUGCUUUUAAGCAUCCAACUCACAUUGUCAAGAAUAGAAAGAAGCAGUUACCAGAAAUAGAUCCAUUUACAUUAUGUUCAGACAUAAUAAAUAAAGAAGUUGUCAAUUUUCAGUCAACUAACAACUGUUCCAAAAUGUUGAAUUAUAGAUGCUCAGGUUGCAUAGCAGUAGGAAAACCCCUGAAUAGCCGAAAUUUUACCAAGCUCUUGCACUCUUGCCCAUACCAAUGUGAUCGUCACAAAGUCAUUGUGGAAGCUGAAGACAGAUAUAAAAAUGAACUAAGGAAAUCACUUAUUUGUAGCAAAAAAAUUCUGCUGACCCCACGUAGAAGACAACUUAUUAAUAAAUCUACUAUCCCUGGAGGAAUAAAAAAAAGAAGAAUUCGUAAAAACUUUACUGAGGAAGAAGUAAAUUACCUUCUCCAUGGAGUUAAAAAAAUGGGAAAUCAUUGGAAUUCAAUUUUGUGGUCUUUUCCCUUUCAGCAAGGACGGACGGCUGUGAACCUUGCACACAAAUACUACAACCUGGUCAAACGCUCCAAACGUGCAGUUCCUUGAUUGAAAGAGGCUAUC